AUGAUAUCGGUAAGAUUCUAUGGAACAAGAACAUAUCUUAUAGACAAAAGUCUUAUACCAGUAGUUUUGUUCUGGAUUGACCCAGUUGUUGGAUAUAAUUUCAUAACAUAUGGUUCAUUCGAUACUGAACGUUGCAGUGAAGGCUUACUUUACAUCGUUCAGAAACCGAAGGACUUCAAUACAAAGAGAUAUAAGAUAGGAAGAACAUUUAAUAUAACUCACAGAUAUGACUCUACAGUCAAUAGAGUCAAGGUUGCGUUUGUUAACGAUAUGAGAGCUGCUGAAACAGAACUACUUGAAAAGUUUGAGAAAAUGUAUGGUGCUCCCACGAAAGGUAAAGAAACGUUUGAAGUAGAUGAGAUAGAUAGUGCUAUAAAAUUAUUUGACGAAGUUGCUGAAAAAUACAUGUAA